AUGACCGCCUGGUCACGUUGUUCGAACCCGGCAGGUCGUCACUUUUCCGAAAUGUUUGCGGCCAAGAUCGCAUUGCAAGCCCUGGCAUUGCGCAAAGACGGCGAGUAUUUCGCUCCUCCAAGCUCGUCACAAAUCUACUCGUGUUACGUCAGGACCUUGCUGCUGAUCGAUCUGUCACUUCAUCUGCGGCUUCAGCCACAACGCAUCUCGAUCUCUACCGUCGCAUAUGUGCAAGGAGCCGCGAAAUCUACGAUCAAGGUAACCGAUGAGAGCCAAUAA